AUGUGCCUGGUCAGAAGAAGCGACUACGGUGAACUUCCUGGGAAGCUCAAGAUUUUCCCUCAUGGGAAGCUCGAGAUUAAGUAUAAGUUGUCCCCUCGUUCUUUCGCAAGGCAUUACGAGAGCGAAGAGUUGAGCAACUGGAAGAACCAGAUCUGUGUUCUCACUGAGAAAGACAAGAGGAUUCCUUUGCUAAAUACACCUCUCCUGAAGUACUACCAUAGAGAGAGAGACCAGAAGAGGAUAACUUGUGAAGAUCCGGAGGAGAGACAAAGUCGUAAGGUUCGUCGCGGGUGCCCUGAAUCUGCUAGAUGCAGCGGUUGCAUGUCAUGUGUUUGUGUUGGCUGUGGCAUGUGCAGGUUCAAAGCACGUCGAUGCGAUAUUGCGAUGGAAUAUCACUGCCGAUUGCUUAAACAAGAGAAUAACAGAGGCUUAGGACAAAACCCACUUGAGAUAGCCUAUAAAAACCAACAGAGAGAGAGUGUGUUUUUACUCUGUCUCUUAAUUGUUCUACCUUUAGGAGUCAUAGGGAUCUUAAGCAGCAAAUGCUUUUUGAUCAUUCUGCUUCUCUUUGUAUCUGGUGCAGUACAAAUCAAGGCAGAUUAUACUACCUGCACGAACUACAACAGCCCGUGCUAUUACCAGCAGCUUAAAUGCCCAGCGGAAUGCCCGAGUAUAUAUCCGACUGACCCACACCCUAAGGUUUGCUAUCUCAACUGCGGUUCGCCCAUCUGCCAACCUGAGUGCAAAAAUAAGAAACCAAAUUGCAAUACCCCUGGAGCAGCGUGCUUGGACCCGCGGUUCAUUGGUGCAGAUGGCACUGUAUUCUAUUUCCAUGGCAAAAGAAACGAGCAUUUCACCUUGGUUUCAGAUCUCAAUCUCCAAAUCAACGCUCGCUUUAUUGGACUAAGGCCAGCGGGUAGACCUACGGACAACACGUGGAUUCAAGCACUAGGAAUCCUUUUCGGCUCUUGCAGUUUCUCUGUUGAGGCUAUCAAAGCAGAAACAUGGGAAGACGAAAUCGACCUCCUAAAAUUCUCAUACAAUGGCAAAGAGCUAGUCAUACCAGAAACCUACUCAUCUUUGUGGGUAUCUGCACAAAACGACCUAAAAGUAGAAAGAACAUCGUGGAAAAACAGUGUUUUAGUUACUCUACGUGAAGUUGCAGAAAUUUCAGUCAAUGUGGUGCCAGUGACCGAGGAAGAUGACAGAAUCCAUAACUACCAAAUACCUUCGGACGACUGCUUUGCUCACUUAGAGGUGCAAUUCAAAUUCUUCUGUCUUUCCACAAAGGUUGAAGGUGUGCUUGGUCGGACUUACCAGCCAGACUUUAAGAAUCCAGCGAAGCCUGGUGUUGCAAUGCCGGUGGUGGGAGGUGAAAACAAAUAUAGGACCAAGUCGCUUUUGUCUGCAGAUUGUGAUUCUUGUGUAUUUGCUCCAGUUGGAGUUCACAGCAAGGAUGACUCACUGGCUAUGGAUGUGGUGCAGAAUGUGGAAUUGUUUGCCGGAAAUGAGUAGCCUACUUCGUAAUUUUGUUGCAAAAAAUAAAAUAAAAAAAAUUCUCCUGGAAUUUUGGAGUUUUUUUCUGGAUCAUUUACGAAAUGUUGCCUUUUGUAGUCCUUAAGUUCUGCAAUUUCAGUUGCGUCGAAAGUGGGAA